UUGGUUGAGUUUUUGUCUGUCGGCGGGCGGCUUUACCGGUCCGGCGGGGUGACGAGGCGGGGAAGAAAGCAUGGCAGUGCCGGCUCGGAGAUCCGUGGUGUUCGUGACUGGAAACGCGAAGAAAUUAGAGGAGGUGGUCCAGAUCCUUGGGGACAAAUUUCCCUACAAACUUGUUUCCGAGAAGAUUGACUUGCCUGAAUACCAAGGAGAACCAGAUGAGAUUUCCAUACAGAAGUGUCAGGAGGCAGCACGACAGGUAGAUGGCCCAGUGAUUGUGGAGGAUACAUGCCUGUGUUUCAGGGCACUGGGUGGGCUGCCAGGGCCGUACAUUAAAUGGUUUUUGGAUAAGCUGAAGCCUGAAGGCUUGUAUAAGCUUCUAGCAGGUUUUGAGGAUAAAUCUGCUUGGGCUCUAUGCACGUUUGCUUUUUGUGCUGGCAAACAAGAGCCAGUUCAGCUCUUCAGAGGAAUAACUGAGGGCUGCAUUGUGGAGCCUAGGGGUCCCAGGGACUUUGGAUGGGAUCCCUGUUUCCAGCCUGAUGGAUAUGAUAAAACAUAUGCAGAGCUCCCAAAAGAAGUGAAGAACAAAAUCUCCCACCGUUACCGAGCUCUGGCAGCCAUGUCGGAACACUUCUCUCACCUCAACGAUGCACCAGAGACAAAACGGCCCAAACAGAGUGACUAAUCACCUGCCAGUGCCAAGGACGACCAUUUAGAUCUCAGUCUGUCCAGUCAGCAUCCAGGCAUUUGGCCAGCUGGACAUACCACAAUAAUUAUGUUAUUUGUAAACAGUUUCAACCAUCCACUAACUUUUGUAAUAAAACAUUUUGUGUAAUAUA